CCAAAUUAUUCAGUGAACUGUAAUAAUCAAGAUUUGGUGAUACAUAGUCUGACACAUCGGUCGCUUGAUAAUAUUUCUCAAAAUGCUUUGAAAUCUCAUUUUGCCAAACUUCAAGAAAAUACUAAUCACCCACCAAUUUUAGGAAACUACUUUCAAGAUGGUGUGUGGGUUAUGGAUACUGGUAUAGGAACUCCUCAACAACAACGUCUCCUGAUUUAUGACACUGAAUCUGCUGAUUCUUUUGUAUUUUCAACUUUAUGCGAUGAAACAUGCGCCCUUACUUUAAUAUUUGAUGAGACGAAAAGUUCUACAUAUCUAACUUUGAAUAAUAACCCUUCUACCAUUGGACGGUUUAAUAUCAGCGAGUUUGGAGAGGACUAUGUUGGUAUUCCUGGUCUAUCACAACUGAAACAAAGAUUUGGUCUAGUGAGUUCUGUUGAACCAACAAAUGAUGCUACCCAAAAUAAAAUAGAUUUUCUCGUUUCGGGUACACUGGGACUUGCGUAUGAAACUAUUAGCAACUAUAAAAACAAAUAUUUUAAUUAUACUAAUAUCUGCACAAACUUACAUCGUCUUGGUGUAAUAAAACGAAAUAUUUUUAGUGUUCUAUUAGUUCCUCAGCGGAUGGUAACACUCUGCCAACAAAGUCCUGGUGUUUGCUCUGAAAGUGCACAAAAUGGUGGUGCUCUUGUUUUUGGAGGCUAUAACCCAGAAUUUCUUGGAAGUAUAGGUAGUCCAAGUUCUCAGAUAAUUUGGACACCAGUCAUUGAAAAAGGUUUCUGGAAAAUCACAAUUCCUGGAAUAAAGAUCGUCAAAGAUAAUAACUACGAUGACACUAUUGAUUUUGGAGAGAAUCAACCAACCGCCAUCAUUAGCACUACCAGAACUCAAUUGGUUUUUAGUGUAGAUAUUGCAAAUAAAAUUACAAAUGCUGUAGGUGGUUAUUUAGAUCCUAAUUAUGGAUAUGUAGGCCCAUGUAAUGUCAAUAUGAAUAUUGGAUUCACACUUGGAAGUACAAAGACACCAUUCUUUUCAGAUCCCGAUAGUUUUUACAAAAUACAAAUUGAUAAAACAAGUCAAUUGUGUUAUGUAGGAUUUACUGAUAUGAAUAUUACACAACUUUCUUAUUGGGUACUCGGAACACCUUUUUUGAAGAACGUCUAUGUUACCUUCGAUCGCAAUACAGACAUGGUCGGAUUUGCUAUCCCGAAUAUUUUUAAGAACUAG